AUGCUGGAUACAUUGCGGCCCGUGCUAGAAAUCCUCGCCUGGUCUUUCAGAUGCCUGUUCUCUGGAAAGCACCCAAGCUUGAACUGGAGCAACGAAGCUUACAAUGGCCGCCACAAAGCUGGCACCCCCAUUGCAGGCUGGUUCAACUCCACGAAGCGGGCAGAGCAGAUGGUUCAGCUGUGUGGACGCUUUAAGAAUUGGGCGAGCUGCAACUCGCACCGGCAGCUUGGCAAACCCGGAACGACGAGGAAGGAAGCAGACGCUCGCAUGGUGUGCUUGGAGCAUGUCGCAUGGCACUCUUUGGCAACGAUGCCCGCUGGCCUACUUGAUUUGGAGCAGGGCACUUACCCUGUCCUCAAGCUGAAGGCGUGGAAUGGACGAUUGAUGAUUCUUUUUUUGGCCGUUGCCCUGAAGGGGCUCUCGGAACCUGGCGAUGAUCUGUUGCGAAAGGAACGCCGGGCGGCGCUGGCGGCUGCCGAGUGUGUUGCUUGCAUUUUCGACAGAUCCGAGCGGGCUGCUCGACUGCUCACGGAGCAGGAGGCCGAGUCGAUCAGCGAGGCAAUUUUGAAGUUCCUCAUGAUUUAUAAACAACUGGUGAAAAUUUCGGUGUCUCGGAAUUGCCCACGAUACAAGAUUAUCCCGAAAAUGCAUGCAUUAUUGCAUGUUGGGGAGGAUGUCCGGGACACCCGCUGCAAUUUUAGACACUUUCAUUGCUUCAUGGACGAAGACUAUAUAGGGCAGAUGAAGGAGUUGACAAUCAAACUGCCAAAAGUAGGCGGCGGCCUGGAAUAUAGAUUGCUCACUCGAUGGCUGCUCCGUCUGGGUGCCUCGAGACCACUUCGUGCUGGCGCAAAGUGA